GUGCGGAAUACGUCAAUAAUUCCAAAGAAGAAGAAGAAGAAGGAGCGGCCCCGCGCAUGCGCACCGCCGGCAGGACUGUGCCCCUCCAGGACAUCCAGCAGGACCGACUGCUGCCGCUGCGCGCACGAGAACAGAAGACAGCGUCUAAUACAUGAUCCGCCUAAUCCCUCAUCCCUCCUCGAGCUCCGGGACUGACAGAUAAUAACGCGCUCGAGCGGAAUCUAGAGACGAUACAGCGGCGCUCUGGUGGCUUUGGUUGACCGGGGUUCGUCGAGGAUGAGGCUGAUGGAGAGCACACACGCGGAUGGAGAGGGGAAGCGCGAGCUGCCUCCUCCGUUCAGGAACCCGUUCGUGCACGACCUGCGAUUCACGACAGCGCAGAAACUACAGAUCGGUUUGAUGACGUUGACGCUCUUCCCCAUCCGGCUCUUCAUAGCGGCGUUCAUGAUGCUGCUGGCCUGGCCGUUUGCCUUCAUCGCUUCGGUGGGCCGCUCCGAGACGGCGGUGGAGCCGCAGUGCUUCUGGAGAAAGCUGGUGGACGUGGUGCUCAGGACCAUCAUGCGGGUCAUGUGGUUCGCCGGAGGUUUCCACUGGAUCAGAAUUAAGGGCAGACAGGCUCUGCCCGCCGAAGCACCCAUCCUCACCCUCGGCCCACACUCGUCCUACUUCGACGCCAUUCCUGUCACCAUGACCAUGGCUUCGAUCGUGAUGAAAGCGGAGAGUAAAGACAUCCCGGUGUGGGGCACUCUCAUCAAAUACAUCCGGCCCGUGUUCGUGUCGCGCUCGGACCAGGACUCCAGACGGAGGACGGUGGAGGAGAUCAAGAGAAGAGCGGGCUCCGGAGGACAGUGGCCACAGAUCAUGAUCUUUCCUGAAGGGACGUGCACCAACAGAUCCUGCCUGAUCACAUUCAAACCAGGAGCGUUCAUUCCUGCGGUUCCUGUACAGCCGGUUGUGAUCCGCUACCCAAACAAACUGGACACCAUCACGUGGACGUGGCAGGGUCCCGGAGCGUUUAAGAUCCUGUGGUUGACUCUCUGUCAGCUUCACAAUGAGUUCGAGAUCGAGUAUCUGCCCGUUUACUCGCCCUCAGAGGAGGAGAAGAAGAACCCGGCGCUCUUCGCUCACAACGUGCGCCGCUUGAUGGCAAAGGCGCUGCAGGUCCCCGUCACAGAUUACUCGUUCGAGGACUGUCAGCUGACCACGGCGCGGGGUCAGAUCCGGCUGCCCGUCCACACGAGUCUGCUGGAGUUCGCCAAGCUGCUGCGCGCUCUGGGGCUGAAGCGUGUGAACUCGGAGGAGCUCCUGCAGGAUUAUGGGAAGCGUGCUCGUGAACGGCAGGGUCAGAGACUGAGUCUGGAGGAUUUCUCCCAGUUCCUGGAGCUGCCGGUGUCAGACGAGCUCAGACGCAUGUUCACACUCUUCCACGAGAACGAGGAGCACUCGAUGGACGUCCGGGAGUUUGUGAUCGCCUUCUCUGUGGUGUGUCGACCCGCACAAACACUGGACAGCAUCAGGCUGGGCUUCCAGAUGUUUGAGGCCGAGGAGGACGGGGCGAUCACAGAGAAGCAGCUGAUGUGCAUCAUGAGGACGCUGCUGGGGGUCGGAGAGCUGGAGGUCAGCCGUCUGUUCAGAGCCAUCGAUGAAGAGCACUCGGGCACCAUCUGCUUCGAGAGCUUCAGGGAGUUUGUGGAUCAGCAUCCAGACUUCGGCGAGCAGUUCCUCUACUCAGAUAACGCAGGCUUCGGCAGCUCCCCGUCCCACGCCGCCAACGGCUUCUGCGCUGACUUCAGCCCCAGAGAGCAGAAGAAACUCGACUGAUCCGUCCUGCUGCCCCAGACGUCUCCUCAACGCUUGCUGGUUUUCUCUUCCCCUCAAGGGAAUUUUGCUUUGCUUUUUUUUUUUUUGGUAAAACAAAUACUUGGAAGCCAAGCACAUCUUUUGUUUCUGGAGGGGUGAUCUGUUUGAUCAACUGUGACGGGAUGAGAAUGAUGCAAGUGAACAGAGUCCCAAGAGGUUUCCGGCGCUCUCUUUCAGUCCUCUCCCUCCUCGUCUCCACGACUGUAGAUGCCUUCAUGAGUUCAGGAGUGAGUAUGUGCAUGGGCUGGAUGCUGGAGUAUUUGAUCUGAUCGUUGAGCGCCAGUGACAGAUAUCUGAUCUCUGUCUCCUCCUGCUGGACGGACCGAGCGUCACAUCUGAGGUGCAAACACCACUGGAUCCAGAACCAGAACGUUUUUAUUAUAUCUCCCUGAUUCCUUGAUAUUUCGUCUCUUCGCUCAGGGGAAAGCGGCUUACAGCUUUUGUUUUAUUUCUUUUCUCAUCCUUUUGUACACUCAGUUGCACAUUCCUUAAUUAUGGACGUCCAAUAAUCAUUUCAUGAUCACACCGAAAUCAGACAUUUAUUUAAUUUUUUUUUUACUUCAAAUUCUGAAAUAAACUGCUAGAUUUUAGCAUGUAUAUGGACCAAAUAAAGGAUAAUGACUGUGGUUUAGUUAGAGAAUCAGGAAUCUGAACAAUGUUAUUCAGUAGAUAUAGUCGAUAAUAGAGCGUUUACCGUUUUGAUAAACAUAUUGCUGUAUUUUUCUAUUUUUCACUUACAGAAGAAAGUGAAAAAUUGACUUGGUUCAAGUCCAAUAAUUUGUCUGAUAAAUAUGGCUCAUUCUAAAAUGAUAGUACAUUUUGAUCUGUGUUUUACAUCCAGGAAAGUCUUCCUUCCUUCGUUUGAAUCCCUCAUGAAUGAUGUUGUGUGACAAAUGGACGAUAUGUUUUCAUUCGUUCUGCUUUCUCAAACGCUGAGUGAAGACAUCUACUGCCUGCUGUGAUAGAACACAAAUAAUUCAAAUAUUCAUUAUUUUUUUGAUUGAACCACGUAAUGAGGCUGAAGUCGAGCAAUAUGCAGUUAUUUUCUUAAAGUUUGGUCUUAAAUUUGCUUUAACACAAAGAUUUCAAAAGUUGUCCGUUUAUUUUGCUUAAGAUACUCUUAUUGUUCAUAACUUUUUCUAAGAUUUUUUUUUUAUGGUUGAUGAUCUGCGAUGCGUUCUCACAUGUUUGGCAAAGCAAUAUUUUAUUGAUGUCAGCACCUUUUUAAAAUCGAUUUCUGAUAUGUAUUUUGAAUAUUCCGAGUGCUGGGCAUUUUGUGAAUUUUGAUAUACAUAAAAGAAUGUCUUCUCACUGCCAUGACAGAUCUGUGAUCUAAAGUCUUCUUUUCAGAUGGACCUGGUUAACUCGUUUGAUUAGCUUCUGUCUUUCCACACUUUCUGUGAUGUGUUCCUCGCUGAUGCUGUUGUGUUUGUAAUUAUUAUGGUUACAGUUUUUUAUUUUUCUUCUCAAAUCAUAGAGUUCUUAAAGGUUAUUGUUGGCCUUGAAUGUCAGUGUAAUUUUUAUGAGGAAUAGAGAAUGUAUUGACAAUCCACACAAUCAGUGUUCAAAGAGCGUCAUAUUUGAGUGAUAUAGUCUCAAACAGGAAGUGGUGAGUAGCAGAUCUGGAGCCUGACUAACAGAGUCUCUGUUCUCAUGACGGCUCUGGUCUCCAGCUCAUCUCACAUUUAAUGUGUAUUUACAUGUGCUGGCACUUUACAUUUUUAAGCUUUGAGCUUUUGAAUCCUCUGACAAAUGUGAUGUUUGCUGGUGUUAUGUUCAUGUGAAUGUUUACAUGUUACAGUGAUCAGUUACUGUUUUACAGUGAUCGGUUACUAUGUUACAUGUUACAGUGAUCGGUUACAGUGAACUGUUACUGUUACAGUGAUCAGUUACUGUUUUACAGUGAUCGGUUACUAUGUUACAUGUUACAGUGAUCGGUUACAGUGAACUGUUACUGUUACAGUGAUCAGUUACUGUUUUACAGUGAUCGGUUACUAUGUUACAUGUUACAGUGAUCGGUUACAGUGAACUGUCUCUGUUACAUUGAACUGUUGCUCUGUUACAAUUGUUGGUUACUAUGUUACAAUGGUAGGUUGCUGUGUUACAGUGAUCGGUUAUUAUUUUACUUGCUACAAUAAUCGGUUACUGUGUUACAGUGAUUGGUUACUGUGUUACAUGUCAUCAGUUUUGUCGUGAAUUGAGGACCCAGCAUCUCUCUGGUGUGUAAUUUGAUUAUUUUUCAGUGUAUGGUUUAUUUUAAAUACCUCACAGAAGACCUGCUCUCCUCUGUGUCUGUAAAGGUUCCUGUGUUUAUAUCUCUCUGGUUUCUGUGAUGUGUGUCUAACGCUGAGCUGAAGACGAAAGACUGAACUCCUCCAGGUCAUGGGUCUUUCUGAGGGCUCUCCUGACACUCGUCCGGCCGAAGUAGAUGUUUUAGCUCUGUUUUCCAUUUUACCCUGACUUUUAUUUUGUAAUGUAUUAAAAGAGUCCUUUUUACAAGAUACCUGGGCUUGUCUGUUUUGCCUGCUAUGAAAUGAUUUGUCAUUCUGACACUUGAAUUAAAAAGGGACACUUGAGCA